UUCGCUUAUGGCGGAACGGUGCGCGCUCGGCGGCCAUCCGCCCCUCGUAAAUAAUUUCACAGGGAGGAAACCUCUUCAUCGCAUUCGCCUCGUCCCCACCUUUCCAUAAAUACCCACCCCCCUUCCUUCCCUUCUCCCACACAUUCCCAUCCCAGAUCUCGAUUCCAAACGCAAACUAAACCCCCCAGAUCUUAAAUAAUAGAGAAGAAAAAACCCAAUGGCCUCCUCCUCCGAGCCCAACCGCGACUCCGCCGCCGCAGCCGGAUCGGAAUCCAACGGCGCAUUGGCCUCCUCGAUCCCGGCGGCGGUGCCGGAGCGCCGGAAGGUGGCCCUGGUCGCCGGCAUCACCGGCCAGGACGGCUCGUAUCUGACCGAAUUCCUCCUCGGCAAAGGCUACGAAGUCCACGGCCUGAUCCGGCGUUCGUCCAACUUUAACACGGCCCGGCUCGACCACAUCUACGUGGACCCCCACAACUCGUCCAAGGCCCGCAUGAAGCUCCACUACGCCGACCUCUCCGACGCCUCCUCCCUCCGCCGCUGGGUCGACUCCCUCCUCCCCGACGAGGUCUACAACCUCGCCGCCCAGUCCCACGUCGCCGUCUCCUUCGAGAUCCCUGACUACACCGCCGACGUCGUCGGCACCGGCGCCCUCCGCCUCCUCGAGGCCGUCCGCUCCUCCUCCGCCUCCUCCGGCAGGACCAUCCGCUACUACCAGGCCGGCUCCUCCGAGAUGUUCGGUUCCACCCCCCCGCCGCAGUCCGAGACCUCCGCCUUCCACCCCCGCUCCCCCUACGCCGCCGCCAAGGUCGCCGCCCACUGGUAUACCGUCAACUACCGCGAGGCCUACGGCCUCUUCGCCUGCAACGGCAUCCUCUUCAACCACGAGAGCCCCCGCCGCGGGGAGAACUUCGUCACCCGCAAGAUUACUCGCGCCGUCGGCCGCAUCCACGUCGGCCUCCAGACCAAGCUCUUCCUCGGGAACCUGUCGGCCGCCCGCGACUGGGGGUUCGCCGGGGACUACGUCGAGGCCAUGUGGCUCAUGCUGCAGCAGGACGAGCCCGGCGACUAUGUCGUCGCCACCGACGAGUCGCACACUGUCCAGGAGUUCCUCGAGGCCGCCUUCGGGUAUGUCGGGCUGGAUUGGAAGGACCAUGUGGUGAUCGACAAGAGGUACUUCCGGCCCGCCGAGGUCGAUAGCUUGAAGGGGGACUCGUCCAAGGCCAGGAAGCAGCUGGGGUGGAAGCCCAAGGUCGGGUUCCAGGAGCUGGUCAAGAUGAUGGUGGACCGGGACGUUGAGCUUGCCAAGAGGGAGAAGGUGCUGGUCGACGCUGGCUACAUCGAUGCUCAGCAGCAGCCAUAGAAAUGUCGGUCUCAUUCGUCCAUCAAAAUCUCGAUUUAUGCUUACUUGCAUCUAAAUUUCAGUUUCAUUUGUCUAGAUAAUUUUUUUUUUCCCAAAUAAUAUCCAUGUUCUCUGGGGAAAUGUGGCUCUAGUGUUCAAAAUUCUGCUGUGAUAUUUCUUUCUUUCAUCAAUCAAAUAGAUGUUCGUUUCGUUCGUGUAAUUUCUCUGUUAUUAAUACCAAAUGUUAUUGUUUUAAAUUGAAUCCCGUUCGCUAUUAUUGAUUCA